AUGGAGCUGCACGUGUCGUAUCGCCGCACGUACGCACCAACACCUACUCCUUCGCUUUGGUCCGAACUUGCGUGUGUGUGUUUCAGUCCGGGAGCCUGCAUGGGUCUGGGACAGGCGUACCAGUCCGACCGAGUCUCACAGCUCCAGCCCAAAGACCCCGCGGAGCCCGUAGACCCCGUGGACCAGGGCGAACCGAAGUGA